GUUGUUUUGAUUCAUUUUAUUCGUUUUAUAUAUAUAUAUUUAUAAAAAAAGUCAAUUCACAAACAAACAGUCCCACGUGACUAACUGUUAAGUAGCUUUUUUCUUAAAGUGCCGUCACUUUUGAGCCUGGUUUGCUUCCGCGUUUGUGACUGUAACAGGAGUCUCUGGACCUGCGCAGUUUGGCGCAGCGCAGCUGUGUUGUGUGUCACUACGUGGUCUCUGUGCUUACAGGCAUGGCUGCGGCUGUGUUUGACAACUGCUCAGUGCUUUUCGACCUGAAAGGUCUGCCGUUCAAGGAGAAGAAGAAACUGAAGUCCGCAGUGACAGAUAAUGGAGGCAGCCUGUCGUUUGUGGUCAACAAACAGUGCUCUCUGAUAGUGACCACUGAUGUGUCCAACCUAAGCUCCAACAGGCUGCGUAGCAUUCAGAAAUACCAGACGCCUGUGGUCGGCGUGGAUUAUGUGUACAGCUGUUUGGAUUGUGGAGUUCUCCUGCAGGUGGAUGAAUACAGGCUGGACACUUCCUCUGCCUCAUCACCUCCUCCUCUCUCUUCAUUCAAGGUGGCUCCACUUGCUUCACUCGCACCUCAGUGUACAGCUCCAAAAGGCCGGACCCAACCUGUGGAGCUGGUCGGUGUGACUCAGAGGGCGGGGGCCCCAGAGAGGAGUGGGAGUGUACUGGAAAGGUUCAGAAUCUAUAGAGAGACUGAUUCUGAUCUUCCAUCAUACCCCACAAACUUUCAAGUGGCCAAGUAUGCAAUCUUUGAAAAGGUAAGCAGCAGCACUUGGUGUGUGCUGGAGCUGCAGAGUUUCAGAGGGGAGGAAGGACGGCAGUAUCGUGUGGUCAGGUACUGGAAGGAUGAUAUCCUCUCUGAGACGGAGGCCGUGCGGGACAAGCUGGUGUUUUUGUCCACCUCAGAGGAGGCUCUGGAGGUGUACCGGGCCCUCACAGACACCCUGGAGGCUUCAGGGCUGCAGAAGCGGAGCAGGUUUCCUCCUUCUGCCCGUGAGAUCGGCUCUGCCCCCCUCCAGCAGCUGCUCUUGGAGGAGAAGCUGAACACAGGAAGCUUAUCAGAGGAUGUGGGAGUAUUUGUGGAGCUGCUGUGGACUGAAGCCCUUGGCUGUCUUGGCAACAUCCUCAGAGUUUCAGUUGACCAGCUCAGCCUCAAUGAUGUGAGCAGGGCAGAAGGCCUGUUGCUUCAGGCUCAGAAAAAGCUGAGAGGGGGAACUGUUAAUGAGGUCGUAAGUCUACUACAUGAGUUUUACACUCUACUGCCACACAGAGAAAUCAGCAGUUUCCCCAAUGCCAAGCUCAUCUCUGAGAAGCUGGACCUCUGUCAGUUAAUCCGAGAUGUUCUGAAUGUAAGCGAGAUGACUCUGGGGAGCCCCACGCCUUCCACCCUGGGGAAGUAUCGAGCUCUGAGAUGCAGUAUUGAGAGAGUUCCCCCCAGCAGCUGUGAGUUUCAGGCUGUGACCGAUCUGCUGCAGGACAGAAAGGUGCAGAUCCAGCAGAUCGUGCGCGUCAGCCGAGGGGUGGAACUUCAGACCUUUAAGAGUGAGCUGGGGAACGUGAAGACUUUCCUCCAUUCCUCCAGUCCCAACAACUUUGUAGGAAUCCUGUCUCGUGGGCUGCUGUUGCCCCGCGUUGGAGUCGAGCAUCAUGGGAUAGAAAGAACAGAUAUGGGCAAACUGGGCAGUGGAAUCUACUUCAGUGAUGCCCUGAGCACCAGUCUGAAAUACUCCAAACCCAGUGUGACAGACGGCUCUCGGUUGUUGUUGGUGUGUGAUGUUGCACUGGGACGUUGUGUGAAGGUCCACAAGACAGAUAUCACGCUGACCCAGGCCCCUGAGGGACACCACAGCGUGCACGGGGUCCGCCUCACCCCAAACACUCCCUCUGAGUUUGAGGAUGAUGAGUAUGUGGUGUACAGUCCUGAUCAGGUACAACUGAAGUAUGUGGUUCAGUUCAGCAUUGAGGGAGAGCAGCUGAAAGACUUCACUCCUGCCAUGAGCACCUUAGCUGAGCUCUGUCUGCCCUCUUCUGGUGAAGAACUCACUUUAGACGAUAGUACUUUUGAAGAUAUUAAAAACCCUCUGGAAGAGGUGACAGCCGGACUGUUGGACAGCACCGGUCAGCAGCUCCCCCUGCAGGCUGUUCAUGUGAAGUGCAAACUGAUGGAUCUGUUGUCUCAGGUCAUCAUAUUCCAGAAAUACACCAAUCUGAGCUCAGUGCCCAUUGAGGCAAAGUAUGUUUUCCCCCUGGAUGAUUCCGCUGCAGUGUGUGGAUUUGAAGCUUUCAUCAAUGGGAAACAUGUGGUGGGACAGGUGAAGGAGAAAGAACAAGCUCGCAGGGAGUACAAGCAGGCUAUUGAGAAAGGACACGGAGCUUAUCUCAUGGACCAGGACGCACCUGAUGUGUUCACCAUCAGUGUGGGUAACCUGCCCCCUGGUGCGACUGUCCUCAUCAAAGUGACCAUUGUCUCUGAGCUGAUCGUCAGGGACGGCCAGAUCCUCUUCUCCCUGCCUGGCAGUGUGGCUCCAUGGCAGGAGAGUGCAGCCCUUAACCAGACCACACAGGUCACCGUGGAGAAGGUUUGUGUGCGUGAUGAGGCGGCGAGUGCCAGAGAGUUCACCUUGGACCUGUCAGCUGAGAUGCCCUAUGAGAUCUCCAGCCUGCAAUGCAUCACUCACAAUGUCAAGAUGAAGAAAACUGACUGUAAGGCAGUGGUGAGCGUGCUGCCAGGACAGGUCAUGGGUCCAGAGGGAUUCCAGCUAUCCAUCGUGCUGUCUGAGGUCCACCUGCCAAGGAUGUGGGUGGAAAAACACCCUGACAAGGACAGCCAGGCCUGCAUGUUGGUUUUCUAUCCAGACUUUGAGGUCAGCUCCAGUUCAGAUGCCGAUGAAGUCAUCCUGUUGUUGGACACGUCUGAGUCCAUGAUGGGAGAGUCUCUCUGCUUGGCCCGCAGAAUUGCGCUGCAAAUUCUCAGCAGCCUGGAUCACAGCCUGAGACUCAAUGUCAUUUUGUUUGGAACAGAUCACACUGAAGCUUUUCUAACAGUGCAGCCACUUGUUGAAGUUUAUGAAGAAGCCCGGAGAUUUAUCAAACACUCCUUUGCAGUAGGAGGCAGCACUGAGCUGUGGCGGCCCCUGCGGGCCCUCAGCCUGCUGCCUCCAUCUCGUGGCAUCAGGAACCUGCUGCUGCUGUCGGAUGGUCAUAUCCAGAACGCUGAGCUCACCUUGAAGCUGCUAAGGGACAAUACUCAGCACAGCCGCCUCUUCACUUGUGGCCUCAGCCCAACAGCCAACCGACACAUGCUGAGAGCCCUGGCUCAAGCAGGGGGCGGAGCCUAUGAAUUCUUUGACACAAAAACCAAACACAACUGGGCCAAGAAGGUGGCAUGUCAGGUGAAGCGUAUGGCAUCUCCUGGCUGCAGUUCAGUGUCUGUCAAGUGGCAGCAGUUCAACCCUACAGCUCCAUCUGCUCUGCAGGCCCCCAAACAGCUGCACGCCCUCUUCAAUGACUGUCACACUCUGGUUUAUGGCUUUGUGAUGCACUGCACUCAGGCUACUCUCCUUGGAAACCUGGGUGGUCAGGAGCUCAAAACAAUGGUGUCAACCAGUGAGCUGCAGAAGACCAGGGGCACAUUUCUGCACAAGCUCACCGCGAGGGCCAUCAUCAGGGAUUAUGAAGAUGGAAACCUGGAUACCAGUGAAGCUGAACAUGAGGGUAGAAAAGCAGAGUUGAAGUCCUUCAUCAUUGAGCUGAGCAAAGAAUUUUCCAUCCUGUGUCAGUUUACCAGCUUUGUGGCCAUUGAGGAAAGGGACUCAGAACAAGCAGGAGACGGUUUUACAGACGUCCCAAAGUUGAUUGCAGAGGAGGAUGUGGACUUCCUUCCCUACAUUGACUGGAUUUCUCUCGAGGAUGAGGAAGAGGAAGAGGAUGAGAAAGCGGAGUUGAUGUGUUGUUUUGAGGCUGAACCUCAAUACAUGCUCUGUGAAAAACCCACACAUUAUGACGAUGUCAUAAACAAGGACAGCUUCUUCAGUAUGGACUUCAGUAUGGAAGCAUAUGAAGAUGUUCCCCAUGCUGCUCCAUCCCCUCCCCCUCCCCCUCCCCCUCCCCUUAAUCUGGUGCAUGCUUCAGAAGAUGUUCCACGAUCUUUUUCUUUUGGAUUUUCUCCACAUCGACCACCCUUUAGAGUUCAACAGAUGGUCUCACCUCCUGGUUGCUUAUUUGCACAUUCAUUAUCAUUGCCAGAUAGUCAGCCACAGAACUUCAUGGAUAUUAAAUAUUCAGCAAAACAUGUCCCUACAUUGGCACAGAGUGACGCGUCCUCUUUGCCUGAGGUUCCCACACUGUUUGGCAGCAGUGUCCCCAGACACGUUUCCAUGGCCCAAAAGGCUCCUAUUGUUUCUCGGUCUUAUGGAACAACGGGUGUAUUUGGCUUUUCAUCCAGUAACAUGUUUACACCUGACAUGGAUGCAAAGGUUGGCUCUCCACUUGAAGGAAGUCCUCAUUUAAUGGUUGAUGAGCACAGAGGCAGUGAUGUAGCCACAUUGUUGUCUGGGCAAUCAUUUUAUGAACCGAAAAAGAAAGUAGUCUUAAAAAGUCUUCGGAAAGUACUCCCACCGAAACCUCAUAUCCCCAUCCCAUCAGUCAGUCAGCUAGAGGAAACAAGCAGGUCUAUCGUGGUAGAAGGUGUCCAAGCCACAAUAAACUCAGCAAUUUUUAGGAUGCCCUCUCCACCUAUGAAAUUGUCGAGCUUUGAACCAGAAGAUGUUUAUUAUGAUCGUAAUGAAAACGAGGCUGACUACAGAGAGGCCAGUUCUACUUCUCGAGUUCCACUUUCUGAGAUGACACGAAAGAUACAUCGGAGAGCCAUAAGGCAACAUCGCCGUUCAUGUCAGUCCAUUACUGUCAUACAGCACAAAGAAUCUCCUGAAGCAGUGAAGAUCCAGUGGACAAAGAUCUUCCAGAUGCAACGUUCAGUGGGGUACUGGGAGUUAACCACAGAACUGGGGACACUAAUUAAUGUCAAUGUGGACAUUUUUGCCAACGUGUUCCUGAAGAACAAAGGCAUCCAUUCUCUAGGCGUGAAGGCCCAUGCAGACAUCCUGAGGCUGGUGGCAACUCUUCUGGUUCUGCAGCUGAUGAGGGUGGAAAAAACCGAAGAAGGCAAGCUGCUCCGCACCCUGUUUUGCCUGGAAGAGGCUUCUCAGCCCAGGCCUGACCAAUGGGAGGGGGUGAAGAAGGCGGUGGACUGGGUUUGCUGGGCUGACCGGCAGUACCCCUGUGUCUACAGUCGGCUGGAGUUUGGCUUGACCUGGGAAUCCGCCACCCGUCAGCUACUAGGUUAUGAAGGCCUUCCUCCCUUCUCCCCCCUCAACGGUCUGCAUCUGCAGAUGACCAUGGCCUCACUACUGGUCCAAUGAGUUUGUUUUGGAGACCUUGUAGCCUUUCUGAGGAGAUGAUAAGAGCUUUAAGAUUUGUUUGAAGAUGAAUGUGCAUGUAUUCCUUUGGGUUAUAUGUAGAGUUCUGUACUCUGUGUUUAUACACAUACAUAAUCAUAUACUUUCAAUCCUCUACAGUAAUUAAUUUCUUAAAUGUUACAAAUACAGGAAUCACAAUGUUGUUAAUCAAGUUGGGUAUCGAAUGUUUGGCCAUAUAUGUGACUUCUGGAAAAAGCCAGUCAGCCAGGAUCAUUUUUUCUUUUGCUUCUGCUCUUGUACCAACCUUUAGACACAGAAGCUAUAAUUCCUCAAGAAUUUUGGUUAAACAAACCUGAUAACAUAACUAAUUUAGCUGAAGAAAGCAUCCAUUUGGCCUACAAUCCAGUGACUUCUGAAAACUAUGAGUUAGUGAAAUGCUGGAGAUCAUAAAGGUCAAAAGUUUUCAUCUUUAGUGUAAUGAGAUCAUGUUCUUAAAAAUAAUUCAUGUCCAUGAUGACUUAAUGAUUAUUUACCAAAGCUUUAAUUUGUGAUGGUUAAUAAAAAUUUUAAUCACUUAAAUAAAUGUGUUAUUGUUU